CAGAAUAAUCUGAUCAUUUCAGUAGAACUCUUCCUUCCUCCUUCUCGCUUACAGAUAUUUUCCUCAGUCCCACAACAGGCUCUUAACUUCCAUCAGCCACAAAUUUCUAAACACUCGUCCUCAGGGAAGCACCAAACUAUCUCAAUAUGAAGCUCAUUCUAGUUGUCUUUACUGUCUCCGUGAGAACCACCCCAGUAUAUCUAGGCUGCACCUUCCACCCCUUAAAGCUAAAUCCAGCAGAAUGUUUCAGUAAUGGCAAUCUAUAUACUUUGGGAGAAACUUGGAUGCAUGACUGCAACCUCUGUACAUGUAAUAAGGACAACGUGAUUUGCUGCCCCAAAUACUCUGCACCCUCGAGUUUUGAUGAAGAAAUGUGUGAGCCUAUUUUUAACACUAUGACCUGCACUUUCAAAGUUGUGAAGAAAAACGACCAUUCUAAAAACUGUCCAUUCGAAUCUAACGGUGGCUCCCAGGUGACUUUUGAGAUCAUACUGAAGAACCUGAAAUAGCUCAGAAGCUCACCUCUUCAUAAAAGAAUCUUUGCAUUGGCUUUUUUUCUCCAGCAUGAACAAGAACAACUUUUCAGACCUGCCCCUCCUGCUUCUGUCCCAGAAGCAGAACAAGAGUUUGCUAGAGAGCGUCGCCUCCAAUUUUUCAGAUCAGUGCCAGGGCUCGGUUGAUCUGUCGAUGUUUCUUGUCACUGCCUACAGCUUAGAAACCAUCGUGGGCGUCCUGGGAAACAUCUGUCUGAUGGGCGUGAUAGCCAGGCAGAAGGACAAAACCAACGUGACUAACACGCUCAUCGGCAACCUGGCACUAUCCGACUUGAUCAUGUGUCUCGUCUGCCUGCCUUUCACCGUUACCUACACCAUCAUGGACCACUGGGUCUUUGGCGAAGUGAUGUGUAAAAUGUCGGCCUUCAUACAGUGUACUUCUGUGACAGUUUCCAUCCUAUCCCUCGUCCUCGUGGCCUUGGAAAGACAUCAGCUGAUCAUCAAUCCCACCGGUUGGAAACCCAGCAUUUCCCAGGCUUACCUAGCGAUCAUGCUCAUUUGGACUCUUGCUUGUCUCCUGUCCCUCCCUUUCCUAGCCAACAGUAUUUUGACCGAUGAGUUAUACCAGAAGCUCUUCAAAAUCACCGGCACUUCGGUGGAAAAGGUCAUUUGCACAGAAUCCUGGCCUUCCCGGGAGCACAGAAUGAUUUACGCGACCUUUCUGCUCCUCUUCCAAUACUGCAUCCCUCUGAUCUUCAUUCUGGUGUGCUACUUGAGGAUCCAUUUACGUCUUCAGCGGAGAAGAGACAUGUUCCAGAAGAGUGAAUACAGUUCCCGGCUGAAUCAGAUGAAGAGGAUCAACAUGGUGCUAGCCUCCAUGGUUGCCGCCUUUGCAGUCUUCUGGUUGCCGCUGCACAUUUUCAACAGCCUCGAGGAUUGGUACAGUGAAGAUAUUUUCGUCUGCUACAACGAUCUCAUCUUCUCAUUGUGCCACCUGAUCGCCAUGGCUUCCACCUGCAUCAAUCCUUUCAUUUACGGGUUCCUGAACAGCAACUUCAAGAAGGAAGUGAAGUCGCUGAUUUUCAAUUGUCAGAGCCCACCCCCGGUGGAAGAAUACGAGCACCUGCCCCUGUCCACCAUGCACACAGAAGUUUCGAAAGCAUCCCUAAGGCUGAGCAGCGGGGCCAACCCAAUCGAGCUUGCUUCCUAGACUGACAAGAAAACUCAUCUGUCCUUUUAGGAUGUUAAAAGAAAAAAGCAGGACGUGCUAUUUCACGGAGCAACCUGGGACACACAAAGCCCGAGAACAGAGAAAUCCAACUGCUGGUGCUGUUAUGACUCAGCUUGGAAGAAGAAGAGUGACAGUCAGUCAAUCGUAUUUAUUGAGCUCUUAUUCUGUGCUGAACCCUGUACUAAGUUCUUAGGGAAAG